AUGGUUCAAGGUGCUCAAAAACUGGCCGUAAAGAAGAAGGCAAGGGUCACUAAACAACAGAUGAACCCAAGAAAGGCUGCUCCAAGAAUUAUCAAAGCUCGUAAUCAGACCAAAGGAAUCAAAUUAACCCAAAAAUUAAACAGAAUUCACUCCGCCUCUUUAGUUGCCCAGACAGAAAGACUAGUUGCUUCACGUGUUGGUCAUUUGGAAUUGGUAAAAGGAUCUCGAAGACAACUUGAAAAAGCUCAAAAGGAAAAAGAUAAGAAGAAACCAAAUGCAGCUAAAGCCAGUAAGUGA